AUGGAAUUUUCUGAAGUGUGGUGGCAGCAGAUCCUUACUGGUAUGAUAUUUUUACUAUUUUUUCUAGUAUCCAUUAUUGGCAAUUUCCUGAUAAUUUUGCUGUCUACUUUUGACCAACAUCUCAAUACUCCUAUGUACUUCUUUCUCAAGCAAUUGUCUCUUUUAGAUCUUUGCUAUAUCUCAGCAACCCUUCCCAAUGCCAUUAUAGACAACUGGACCCACAACAGCACCAUUUCUCUCUGGGGAUGCAUCCUUCAGGUCUUCCUGGUGAGUUUCUUGGCCUGCACUGAGAUGGCAUUACUCACAGUGAUGUCCUAUGACCGCUAUGUGGCCAUUUGCUCCCCUCUGCACUGUGAAGUCAUAAUGAAUAGAUGUAUGUGUAUCAAGAUGGCCAGUUAUACAUGGUUUAGUGGUUGGCUUUCUGGAAUUUUGCACAUUACAACCUUCUCUCUGUCCUUCAGGACAUCCAAUAUAGUGCAUCAAUUCUAUUGUGAGAUCCCUCAAUUACUCCGACUUUCUUGCUCUGACAAUUACUUGGCUGAAGUUGGAGCAGUUGCUGGCAUUUCUUCAUUGAGCUUUGUCUGUUUUGUUUCCAUUGCUUUCUCCUACCUUCACAUUUUCUCUACUGUGCUGAAGAUGCCUUCUUCUGGAAGUCAGUCCAAAGCCUUCUCUACCUGUAUUCCUCACCUGCUUGUGGUUACAUUUGUUCUCAGUGCUGCAGCAGUGGCCUAUUUGAAACCAUCUGCAAAUGUCCCCACUGUUUCUGACUUGCUGGUUUCUGUAUUAUAUACCAUUGUUCCCCCCACUGUGAACCCUAUUAUUUAUAGCUUAAGGAACAAGGACAUGAAGUAUGCUCUGCAAAAAUAUUUAAAUAUAAAAUAUUUUCGUUCUGUCACUUGCUGA